AUGGCGGCCUCUUACCGUGAUGUCCUCCCCCUGGGCCAGGUGAAGAAGAUGGGUGAACUUGGACUCCUGGCCAUGGACGUGCCUGAGGAGCUGGGCGGUGCUGGCCUCGACUACCUGGCCUACGCCAUUGCCAUGGAGGAGAUUAGCAGGGGCUGUGCUUCUGCUGGGGUCAUCAUGAGCGUCAACAACUCGCUCUAUCUGGGGCCUGUCAUGAAGUUCGGCUCCCAGGAGCAGAAGCGGCAGUGGGUCACUCCUUUCACCAGCGGUGACAAAAUUGGCUGCUUCGCCCUCAGUGAACCAGGGAACGGCAGCGACGCAGGCGCCGCCUCCACCACGGCCCGCGCAGACGGUGACUCGUGGGUCUUGAAUGGUACCAAGGCCUGGAUCACUAACUCCUGGGAAGCUUCUGCCGCAGUGGUCUUUGCCAGCACGGACAAGUCCCGGCAAAAUAAGGGUAUCAGCGCCUUCCUGGUUCCCAUGCCAACGCCAGGGCUCACACUGGGCAAGAAGGAGGACAAGCUGGGUAUCCGGGCUUCAUCCACGGCCAACCUCAUCUUUGAGGACUGUCGCAUCCCCAAGGACAACCUGCUGGGGGAGCCGGGAAUGGGCUUCAAGAUCGCCAUGCAAACCCUGGACAUGGGCCGUAUCGGCAUCGCCUCCCAGGCCCUGGGCAUCGCUCAGGCUGCACUCGACUGUGCCGUGACCUACGCCGAGAACCGCAGGGCCUUUGGGGCACCCAUCACCAAGCUCCAGGGCAUUCAGUUCAAGUUGGCUGACAUGGCCCUGGCCCUGGAGAGUGCCCGGCUGCUGACCUGGCGUGCUGCCAUGUUGAAGGACAAUAAGAAGCCUUUCACCAAGGAGGCUGCCAUGGCCAAGCUGGCUGCAUCGGAGGCUGCCACCGCCAUCAGCCACCAGGCCAUGCAGAUCCUCGGUGGCAUGGGGUAUGUGACGGAGAUGCCAGCUGAGCGACACUACCGCGACGCCCGCAUCACCGAGAUCUACGAAGGCACCAGCGAGAUCCAGAGGCUGGUGAUUGCCGGGAACCUGCUCAAGAGCUACCGGAGCUGA